UUAUCUCAUUUUGAAACUCCGUCCAAGUAUUCUCGGACUCAGAACGAUGAGCCAACACAUGAAUCUGUUCGUUCCUUCAUUUAAAACUGACCAAGACGAAGAAGUUGAACACAAGACGGAGACGCAGACGCUGACCGGUGGUUGCGGUGCCUGGAGGUUUAAAGGCAACAGUGCGGCCAAGGAAGCGGCCAGCGUCUCAAUGAAAGGUACCCUUGCCAGGUUAUUCAACAACUGCAGCAAAGAUGAUAUAAAGACCAUUUUGCCCUUGGGUCACGGCGACCCUUCUGUCUACCCUUGCUUCCAGACGUCUGUUGAGGCUGAGAAUGCCGUGGUUGAGUCCUUACGCUCUGGCGCCGCCAACUCCUACGCCCCCGGGGUUGGUAUUUUACCAGCCAGAAGGGCGGUGGCUAAAUAUUUGAACCAGGACCUUCCGCAUAAGAUGAAAUCAGACGAUAUAUUUAUAACGGUCGGGUGUUGCCAAGGGAUAGAGACCAUGAUUCAAGCCCUCUCCGGACCAAAGGCCAAUAUCUUGCUCCCUAGUCUCGUCUAUCCUCUUUACCAUAGUCACGCAAUACAUAGCCUAGUCGAGAUUCGCAAGUACAAUCUCCUCCCCGACCAAGACUGGGAGAUCGAUCUCCAAGGCGUUGAAUCCAUAGCAGAUGAUAAUACAGUCGCUAUGGUCAUAACUAACCCUCAUAACCCAUGUGGAAAUGUCUACACAUAUGAUCAUCUAAAGAAGGUGGCUGAGAUGGCGAAGAAGCUAGGGAUAUUGAUUAUUUCUGAUGAAGUUUAUAAUCAAACUAUAUAUGGAGAGAAUCCAUUUGUCCCAAUGGGGAUAUUUGCAUUGAUUGCUCCUGUGGUUACACUUGGGUCCAUCUCCAAGGGAUGGCUCGUCCCUGGGUGGCGAAUAGGUUGGAUCGCGAUGAAUGAUCCCAAUAACAUUUUCAAAACCACUGGGGUGAUUGAAUCCAUCAAGGAGCAUCUCGACAUUAGUCCUGAUCCAUCGACUAUUCUACAGUUUGCACUUCCAAACAUCUUGGAGAAGACAAAGAAAGAAUUUUUUGAGAUGAAUAACUCAAUACUGAGUCAAAACGUAGACAUGGCGUUCAAUGCCCUCAAGGCAAUUCCUUGCCUCAUUUGCCCUAAGAAACCCGAGUCGUGUACUUACUUACUGACGAAACUGGACCUAUCACUCUUGGAAGACAUCACAGAUGAUGUUGAUUUCUGCAUGAAACUGGCCCAAGAGGAGAAUCUCGUCCUUUUACCUGGAGAGGUAUUAGGAAUGAAGAAUUGGGUGAGAUUCUCGAUUGGAGUAGAGAGAUCAAUGCUAGAAGACGCUUUCGUGAGGCUCAAAGGCUUCUUCGCUCGCCAUAUUAAAUCACAAUCCACUUAAAUACUCAGCUUCAUUGUCGAAACCUGAUGAGGCCCUAUAUUUCUAUUGUUGUAUGCUUCGGUUCAUUUUCAUUUCGAUUUAUGUUCGAAACUUUUGUUUAAUGUGCGUAUGCUUGUCCGUUAAAACGUCGUUUUAGUCGAGUCAAAGCAUGAUGGCGCGAACUUAAUAUAUAUCUUAU